UACGUCAUUAAGCUACUUCCGGUACGACACCGUGCGCUUCUCUUUAGCAGUGAGUGUAGAUCUAGAUCUACAUCUUCAGUGUACAGAAUGUCCAGGUUACCUGCUGUUGUGAUUGACAAUGGCACAGGGUAUACAAAAAUGGGCUAUGCAGGGAACACAGAACCUCAGUUCAUUAUUCCCUCUGCUAUUGCCAUCAAGGAGGCUGCCAGUGUUGGGGACCAGGCUAUUCGACGACUAGGAAAAGGAGUGGAAGACUUGGACUUCUACAUAGGAGAUGAAGCUCUUGGUGCUACUGCUUAUUCCGUCAAGUGGCCGAUACGACACGGAAUUGUUGAGGACUGGGAUCUGAUGGAACGUUUCAUGGAACAAGCUAUCUUCAAGUACCUUCGAUCAGAGCCUGAAGAUCACUAUUUUCUCUUGACUGAGCCACCUCUGAAUACUCCAGAGAACAGAGAAUAUACAGCAGAAAUCAUGUUUGAAUCCUUCAACGUUCCGGGGCUCUAUAUUGCUGUUCAGGCAGUUUUAGCCUUGGCUGCAUCAUGGACAUCAAGACAAGUUGGUGACCGGACAUUGACGGGAACAGUUAUAGAUUCUGGGGAUGGCGUUACUCAUGUAAUACCAGUUGCAGAAGGCUAUGUGAUAGGCAGCUGCAUCAAGCACAUUCCCAUUGCUGGGCGGGACAUUACCUAUUUCAUUCAGCAGUUGCUCCGAGAACGUGAAGUUGGAAUUCCACCAGAGCAGUCUCUGGAAACAGCUAAAGCCAUCAAGGAGAAGUACAGCUAUGUGUGCCCUGACAUUGCCAAGGAGUUUGCCAAGUAUGACCAGGACCCCAGCAAGUGGUUGAAGAAGCAUGAGAGCACUAAUGCUGUCACCAAGCAGUCAUUUGCAGUUGAUGUUGGAUAUGAAAGAUUUCUAGGACCAGAAAUAUUUUUUCACCCAGAGUUUUCUAAUCCUGAUUUUACAACACCAAUAUCUGAAGUGGUGGAUGAUGUUAUACAGAACUGCCCAAUUGAUGUCCGCCGUGGCCUUUAUAAGAAUAUUGUACUGUCGGGUGGGUCAACAAUGUUCAGAGAUUUUGGACGAAAGUUGCAGCGAGAUAUCAAGCGAUUAGUUGAUGCUCGCUUGAAAGUCAGUGAGGAACUGAGUGCAGGAAGAAUAAAGCCUAAACCAAUUGACUGCUCUGUCAUUACACACCACAUGCAGAGAUACGCUGUCUGGUUUGGAGGCAGUAUGCUGGCUUCUACACCUGAGUUUUACCAAGUGUGUCACACCAAGGCUGAUUAUGAUGAACAUGGACCAAGCAUCUGCCGCCACAACCCUGUGUUCGGAACAAUGACAUAAACCACACACAACUCAGGUGCCAAUGAUAAAACAAUGGAUCUUUUCACGGCGUCAUCUUGUUUUAUUCUGUAGCUAAAUCUUUCGUAUCACUUUAGUUUACUAAAAGUAUGAACCUGAUAAGUAUGUACCAGUAAUUAUAGUCUGGGAAGCAGGCCAGAGCAGCAGCUUCAUCACUAUGCCUUCCUGCUCUGUCUGGUCUUUGUUGUCUGAUAUGGUGGACAAGGACUGGCAAAAUGUAUAUUUGUGUGUCAGAUAUAUGUGCACAUAAUGCUGUUUACUGUGAGACAUAUCUGUAGUUCUAUGUUUUGAUAAACAGCUUUCAUUAAUUGCUUAAUAUGUAUUAGCGACACAUCAGCACAUAGUGCACGAAAAUAUUCCUCAUACCUUGUGACUGUCACCUACAAGCUAGUACGUUUUGUCAAACGCUGGAUUUCUGAUUUAGACAUACACUGAGUAAUGAGUUACGCAGCAUGUAGUUUGUCAUGGGUUCAAAGCCAUGCCUAAUUACAACACAUUUUCACAGUUAAAAAUUAUGAAAUGUAAAUUGCAGAUAUAAUCCUUUUGUUUGGCCAUGAUGUAACUCUCAAAAGUAUCUGUAAACUGAUGAGUAGGUGUGUAUAAGUCAGGACAUAGAUGUACUAAUCUAACAAGAUCAAUACAUGACUGGAAGGUGCAAAACUUUCAGCGGGGCAUAGGUUUUAGGUGUAAAUAUUAAUGAUUCUGUUUAGUUUGGCAAGUUGUCCAAGCCAGGAUGUUUGUACUAGUGUUGCUCAUUCCUGGCUGAACAAAUGCUGUUGCUGCUACUGCUGUAUCAGUUGCUGUAAUGCCAUUCCAUCUGGAAAUAAAUACAUCGCUGAUGAUUUCUUGUCAUAUAUCACUGUAUAAUGUCAACAUUUCUUUCCAUUUAUUUAUUAUAAUGUUUUGAUCACCAACAAAUUCAAAAUCCUAAUUUGUGAAAUAAAUCAUUUGUUUUGUAGUGACAAACAUAAUGUAAAAAAUAAGAAAUUAAAUACAACUUAGAUUUGAAUACAAACUGAAUGAUGUAGAUGUUUUUAAUCAGUCUACUUCUUAAUAUUUCUUAUGAAUAAACAUGGAUACAUGUAUCCUAAAACAUA